AUGUCCGAGGUAGUCAAGAAGCCCAGCCUUUCCCAGGUCUCUCUCAUCUUCGCCUGUGGAACGGCGCUUUUCUCCGACGGUUACGCCAAUGGUGUCAUUGGCUUGGUCAACACCCUGCUCAAGCGUAUCUAUGGCAAGGAACAGGUCGACGUCAACUACAGCAACACUAUCUCUAGUGUGGCCUUCGCUGGUACCGUCGUUGGUAUGCUCUCCUUCGGCUACCUCUCGGACAGGAUGGGCAGGAAGUUUGGUAUGAUGCUUGCAACGGGCAUCGUCGCCUUCUUCUCCCUCCUCUCCUCCGCCUCUAGUGGCGCUCAACACAGCGUCCACGGUCUCCUCGCCAUGCUCUCAUUCUGUCGCUUCUUCCUUGGCAUUGGUGUGGGCGCGGAAUAUCCGUGUGGUUCUGUCGCCGCCUCGGAGCAGUCGGAAGAGCCUGGCAUCAACAAGAAUGCUCAGCACCGUUGGUUUGCGCUUGCGACGAACACGAUGAUCGACUUUGGUUUCGUUGUUUCGUCAUUUGUGCCCCUCGUUCUCUUCUGGAUCUUCGGCGAGAACCACCUGCGUGCUGUAUGGCGCAUCUCCCUUGGCCUUGGUUUCAUCCCUGCGAUUGCCGUCCUUCUCUGGCGUCUGAAGAUGGAGGAGCCCGCUCGCUACAAGAAGGACUCCAUGGCGAACGCGAAGGUUCCCUACAUGCUCAUUUUCAAGCGUUACGGGGUCCGCUUGGCGGCUAUCUCCGUCACCUGGUUUGUCUACGACUUCAUUACGUACCCCUUCGGUCUGUACAGCUCGACCGUCACCGACACUAUCACUGGUGGCAACUCCAGUCUUUCGGUCGUCUUUGGCUGGUCUGUGGUGAUCAACUUGUUCUACAUUCCUGGAACUGUCAUCGGCGCUUUCGUCGUCGACUUCCUCGGUCCCAAGUACACCAUGAUCACUGGCCUUUUGUGCCAAGCUGUCAUCGGUUUCAUCAUGAGUGGUCUCUACAACCAGCUCGUCAACCACAUCGCUGCCUUUGCCAUCGUCUACGGUAUUUUCCUGAGCUUCGGCGAGCUUGGCCCGGGCAACUGCCUCGGCAUGCUUGCCGCGAAGUCUGGCCCCACCGCUGUCCGGGGUCAGUUCUAUGGUGUCGCCGCCGCGAUCGGCAAGAUCGGUGCAUUCGCUGGUACCUGGGCCUGGCAGAGCAUUAUCGACGACUUCGCCCAGAGGCACCCCAACGACCCUAACGCUGGCCAGACCGGACCCUUCUGGAUUGGCUCUGGUCUUGCGAUAUUCAGCGCCAUUAUCACGUUCUUCUUCAUCAGCCCUCUCUCGCACGAUGGUAUGGAGAAGGAAGACCAGGAGUUCCGCGAGUACCUCGAAGCCAACGGCUACGACACCGCCCAGAUGGGUCUCCGCACGGAGUCGGACACCUUGUCCACCGCCAGCGACGAAAAGAAGGAGAUCGCCGUUUAG